AUGUCUGGUUUAAUCACCUCUCCUUUAUUUCCGGUCGAGGGUCUCUCUACUGAGACACUGAUUAAGCUCCCGACAAAACCGAAUGCAGCAUCUACCUCUGUCAAGCUCUAUAUCAUAUAUGCAGAACCCAGGCUGUAUCUUGAAGGAUUUUCCUCUAAUGAGAUAGCGUCUAGACCUCCAACUGUGCUACGUGGAUGUCUCUUCAUAAGAAUUCUAAAACCUGUGAGAAUUAAGACUAUCGCUAUGAAGCUUGAAGGAGUGGCAAGAACUGACUGGCCUGAAGGUAUUCCUCCCAAGAAAGUGGAGCAUAUGGAAUCGAAGAGUGUUCUCAGUCAUACGUGGCCGUUUUUCAAUUACAAUAACAUUUACCCUGUCACCGAUCACUCCCGGAUGAAUGCCGAUCUUUUUGUUCCGAAAUCUGGCGGUCCUGAUAUCGAUGCAUUCAGUUUGGACUCAACGCUAUCUCCUGUAAGUAGUAACAGCACCCUCGAUCUACAUUCGAUGAAGUCUCAUUCUUCCUUUGUCGGCACAGCACAUGCAAAUCUUCUCCGACAUCUUUCUUCCUCCCCGGAUCCCGAGCUCCAAUCAUCAACUUCACGCACCCGCUCUCGGUCUGACGUUAGCGAUAAUAAAUUGUUCAUUCCUGGAGAUUACAUAUAUUCCUUCGAGCAGUUGUUUCCAGCAAGUCUUCCAGAGUCAAUGACUUUGACCUUUGGUUGUGUACAUUACAGUAUUGAGGCUAGCUUGGAGAGAAGUGGUGCUUUUAAGACAAAUUUAUACGCCAGGCGUCCCGUCAACAUAGUACGUGCUCCUUGUAGCGAUUCUUCAGAGGAGAACGAACCUAUUGUCAUUAACCGCGACUGGGAAGAUCGUUUACAUUACGAAAUCGUUAUUUCUUCCAAGCAGGUGAUUCUCAAUUCUUUCCUACCGAUAUCUUUCAGACUGACUCCACUGGACAAAAUCCGUAUUCACAGGCUUAGAAUAUACAUUACGGAACAUUUAGAGUACUUUUGUCACGACAAACAUGUUCAUCGUGCAGAGCCCCCUAAGAAGAUUCUCCUUCUGGAGCAUAAGCCACCAGCUGGGCUGGACAACCUUCUUGCCGUGGGCGACGAUGAAAUCGGAGGAGUUCAGCUGGAUUUCCAAGUUUAUAUUCCUGAAUAUUAUGGUGAACGGUAUAGAAUACAUCCUGAGACCUGCUAUGAUGAUAUUCAGUCUCACCAUUGGAUCAAGAUUUGUGUGAGGCUUUCCAAGCUAGAACCUACGCCAGAGGAUCCCAAUAAGAGAAAGCAUUAUGAGUUAUCUAUAGAUUCACCUAUUCACAUUUUAUCCACUCACUGUGCUCAUGCAAACACUCUGUUGCCAUCCUAUGAUGAACAAAUUAGAGAGGAUGUUGGCGUCAGCGACCGGCGUGAGAAUUUGGUUGAUAUGAACAUGUCUCCUAAUACUGGCAUGAUUUUGAAGUCUAACCUAUAUCGGCCCGAUGCAACAAUUCCUGUUGAGAUGUUAUCUCCACAGGCGAAGCCUUUUUCACCCCUUGUUUCUCCGGAACUUAAUUCCAUUAACCCCGAGCUUCGUUUCGAUUUUGAGAUGAAGCCGAUUGACCUCUUGAAAACCCUUUCUACGGUCUCUCGUCCCUUGGCUCCUCUUGGAGGUCCACCUCCGCCUUUUAAAGAGGCCACUACUGACAACCCACCCACAUACGAGGAGGCUGUCCAUGGUUCAACAUCAUCCUCGUCGUCCAGUUCAUCGGUAUCAACUUCUUUUAGAACUGAAAUCGAGCCUAAUGGUAGGUCUAGAAUCGAGAGGAGCCGCAGAGGUCAUCGAUCGCUGAGAGCAGAUACUUACAGAGACUCGGCUGACUUAGGUGAUAUGGAAGGAAACUUCCAUUUGAAGGUCACUCCAAUCAGAUCGAGGUCUACUUCUUCUUCACCUCCACCUACGCUCUCGCAAUUCUCGUCAAAAUCCAGGCUUGUGAGCACUUCUCUAGUUCCCGGAAUGCAUUUUUACAGUCAUACUUCCAAUCCAUCUUCUCCAGCUAUUGAUGCUGCCUUGGAAGAUUCCCUUGGAGAAGAUGGUGAUCAGCCUGAGGAUGAAAAUGAAGAAGAAGAUGAAGAAAGUAAAGAUGAGAUUCACUCACCAAAAUCUAACACUUCGGCCACGGCAGCUGGUUCACCAAAAAGUACAGAAAGGGAUCGUACAUUAUCAAGAUCAUCUACUCCUACGAUUACUCGCAUCCAAUCGAACCAGUUACCUUUACCUACCCGUAUUAAAACCACCAGUUCUAGUCAGCUCGAUGGGAGAAGAGUAUCUACCUCAUCUACAAAUUCUGCUGGUGGCAUUUCUAUGGGAUCAGAAGAUCCGCUAAUGAAGCGUCCAUUGUUGAGCAAUGAUGCUGAUUUGACUGUGCCUCCACUUUAUAGUGUCUCUGCCAACCAGAGUAAUCCAGCUCUAUUGUUGAGAAAUGGAUCCAUCGUGACAAAUCUUAACUAUCCAGAGGAUCCUGAUAGUUCGAUGGAUAUUUCGGCAAUGCUUGGAUCUUCUAUGGAUAAAGAUAAAAAUCCCAUCAUGCCUGUAGGAUUCGAUCUUGCGGAAGGAAUGGGGUCUAACGAAAUUGACAGGAUGUGGAGGCCAUUUGUUUUUAAUUCUUCGUCCUCUAGGCCUCCCCAAGUUCUACCAUUGAGUCACAGGAAAACCACAAAUAAGUACAGCACUGGUACAAAAUCCAUGGCCUCCAGAGACGUUUCAGAGGAUAGACGAAAAAUCAGUUUUGGUGUGGAGCCUGUCCUAGCCACACUGUCCGGGAACCAGUCAUCUGAUGAAGAAUGA